AUGGAUAUUGAGAUACUUGAAGAAAAAAUAAAAAAAAUUGAAGAUGAAUUUGAAAAAUUGAAAAAGGAAGAAUCAUAUAAAAUUGAAAAGAUAAAAAAUGAAAUUAAAUUAUUGGAUAUAAAUACAAAGGAAUUAAAUAAGAAGAAAAUUAUGAAAUGUAUAGAAUGUAAUAAUAGAUCUUUUCAAAAAAAAAUUAAGGAAAAAAAUUCAAGUAGCAAAAGAACGAAAUUUAUAAAAGAUGUAAAAAAAGAGAUGUUUUUUGAAUUAAGGAUGCUAAAAAAUGAAAAAGAAAAAAAAAAAACGAAUUUCCUAAACAAAAAAUAUAAAUACCUAAAAAUAUAUGAAAUUACAAAUGAAAUAAAGCAUAAUUUUUUAGAAUUAAAUAUUCGAAGACAAUUUUUAUUUAAAUCAAUUAUUGAAAAAUUAACUAAAUAUAAAAACAGAUCUUUACAUUUUUUCAAUAAAUACUUAAAUAUACAAAAAGAAAUUAAUUCAUUAUUUGAAUUAAUAAGUAAUAAUGCUUUAAUUGAUAUUUUUGUACUUAGUAAAAAUAGCUCGUUUUUUCAAAAUCAACUACUAAAAAAUUUUCAACGAUUUUAUUAUCAAGUAGAAAAUUCUUUAGUAGAGUAA